GAACCUGCGCCAGGGCCGGGGCGCGAGGUCGCCCGCCCAAAGCCGGCGCCUCGGGCGUCCCACCCGGGAGCGCCUCGCACAUCCGCCCGCCGGCCGGCCCCGCAGGCCCCGCGCCCCAGGCCCGGCUCGCGCAGGGCCUGCUCCGCCUCCAUGAAAGGCUCCCGGGCCGCCAGUGGUCCCUCCGGCAGCCCCGAGGGCAGCUCAGAAGGGGUGGACCUGAGCCUGACGGGCCUCCCUCCGCCCGUGUCCCGGCGUCCCAACAGCGCCUCGGCUGCCAAGCCCCUCACCCGCUCCUCCUCUGUGGUCACAGGCAGUGAGCCAAGGACGAAGGUGCUGGAGGGGCCCGGAGGGGCCCGAACCAUCAACAACCUCCGCAGAUCCAGCAGCACCACGCAGGUCUGCCAGCCGCCAGCCAGCCAGGCCUCGGCAGGCCCCCUCAGGCCGGCCGAGCACCCCCACUUCCUGACCUUCUUCGAGGGCGGCUCCAAUGGGAAAAAGAGGCCGGCUGGUGUGAGCAAAGCUCCCAGCGAGAAGGGAGCCACGUGGAAUGUCCUGGAUGACCAGCCCAGGGCCUUCGCCUUGCCGCCCGACUCCCGGAGUCCCAGCACUGUCGAUGCACCGGUGGGCCCGCGGAGGAGAGAGUGCACCGUGCCCCUGGCCCCCAGCUUCACUGCCAACAACAGGAGCAACAAGGGAGCCGUGGGCAACUGCGUCACAGGCAUGGUGCACAACCACUACACGCCCUCGGGCCCGGCGCCGCCCCCCAAGAGUUCCAACCGCCCAGCUCCCUCCCUCAACAAUAUCCUCAAGGCUGCCGCCGGCGAGGGAGAGAGCAGGGGCUCCGCAAAGCCGCACGAGAACUUGGCCGGCGGCAACCGUGUGGCCCAGAACGACACCGGGGGCGCCCCGCUCAGGAGGAAGGAGGUGACGGAGGAGGAGGCCGAGAGGUUUAUCCACCAGGUGAACCGAGCCGCCGUCACCGUCCAGCGAUGGUACCGCCGGCAGGUGCAGCGACGCGGAGCCGGGUCUGCCCGCCCAGAGUACCUGCUCGCGUCCAAGCCAAAGGAGCAGGGGCGGCAGCUCGGAGAGGGGCUCCUGGGCCUGCACCAGCAGAAGGAGGCAGCCAGGAAGAAGGCCCGGGAGGAGAAGGCUCGCCAGGCCAGGCGAGCGGCCAUUCAGGAGCUGCAGCAGAAGCGGGCCCAGAAGUCAGGUGACCCUGAGCCCAGGCCGCUGGAGGACGCCCGGGAGACGGAGAAGCCCCGGCCUGCCCAGGAGCCACUCCCGAGGCCAGGGGGCAUCACUCACGCCCAGCAGACCCAGAAGGCCAACAACGCCGGGUCUGGCUUCCGAACGGCGGGCCCAGAGGACCCCUGCCAGUCUGCCUCCAACUCCUCCCCAGAGCCCCGGCAGUUUCCAGAAGACAAGCCUCAGGAUGCCAACUCCCGGGAUGUGGCCAGCCAGGAUCUGGAGGUGGUGGGUCCUGCUGGGGGCAGGGCCAAGUCCAGGGCCACCCUGGAUGAGCUGCUGGACACACUCAGGCUGCUGGAGGAGGAGCCCGAGCCGCUGCCCUGCCCCAGGGCCUACCACCAGGACAAAUACUCCUGGACUGACCAGGAGGACGACGGCAGCUCCCUGACGGCUGACAACCUGGAGAAGUUUGGGAAGCUGAGCGCGUGCUCCGGUCCUCCCGAGGACGGGACUCUGCUGUCCGAGGCCAAGCUGCAGAGUAUCCUGAGCUUCCUGCACGAGAUGGAGAUGGAGACGUCGGGGCAGGGCAGGCCGGCCUCAGCCCCCCAGGGGCUGGUGCCAGAGGAGGGGCGUCUGGGGCCCACGUCCACGGCGAGCGCGUCUGUGAUGCGGCUGAAACUGGAGGUGGAGGAGAAGAAGCAGGCCGUGCGGCUGCUGCAGAGGGCGCUGGUGCAGCAGCGGGACCUGACUGUGCGGCGCGUCAAGGAGACUGAGAAGGAGCUGGGCCGGCAGCUGCGGCAGCAGAGGGAACACUACGAAGCCACCAUCCAGCGGCACCUGUCCUUCAUUGACCAGCUGAUUGAGGACAAGAAGGCCCUGGCCGACAGGUGUGAGGCUGUGGUGGCAGAGCUGAAGCAGGGGGACCAGCGGCGCAAGGACAGGGAGGCCCAGGUGCAGGAGCAGCAUGAGCUGGAGAUGAAGAAACUCAAAGAGCUCAUGAGCGCCACCGAGAAAGUCCGCCGGGAGAAGUGGAUUAAUGAGAAAACCCGAAAAAUCAAGGAGAUCACAGUCCGAGGCCUGGAGCCCGAGAUCCAGAAGCUGAUCGCCAAGCACAAGCAGGAGGUUAAGAAGCUCAAGAGCCUGCACGAGGCAGAGCUGCUGCAGGCGGACGCGCGGGCAGCCCAGCGCUUCGGGCGCCAGGUGGAGGAGCUCCGCGAGCAGCUGGAGCGGGAGAAGGAGGCGCUGGGCCGGCAGGAGCGGGAGCGCGCCCAGCAGCGCUUCGAGCAGCACGUGGAGCAGGAGCAGCGGGCUCUGCAGCAGCAGCGGCGGAGGCUGUACGGCGAGGUGGCCGAGGAGAAGGAGCGGUUGGGCCAGCAGGCCGCCAGGCAGCGGGCGGAGCUGGAGGAAUUGCGGCAGCAGCUGGAGGAGAGCAGCGCGGCCGAGGGCAGGGCGCUCAGGGCCGAGUUCGAGAAGGGGAGGGAGGAGCAGGAACGCCGGCACCAGAUGGAGAUGAAGGCCCUGAAGGAGGAGCUGGAGGCCGAACGGCAGAUGUGGGAAGCCAACUGCGCCAAGAAGGAGGAAGCGUGGCUGCUGAACCGGGAGCGGGAGCUGAGGGACGAGGUCCGGAGAGGCCGGGAUAAGGAGAUCGAGCUGGUUAUCCACCGGCUGGAGGCUGACAUGACGCGCGCCAGGGAGGAGAGCCAGAGGGCGGCGGAGAGCCGCGUCCAGCGCAUCCGGGACCAGCACGCGGCGGAGCUCUCCGAGCUGGAGCGGGCGGAGCGGACGCUGCAGGAGCGGUGCAGCGAGCUGAAGGGGCGCCUCGGGGAGGCCGAGGGGGAGAGCGGGCGCCUGCGGGGCCUGGUGCGGCAGAAGGAGAAGGAGCUGGCGCACCUGGCGGCGGUGAACGAGCAGCUGGUCAGCGAGAGGAGCGACCUGGCCGAGGUGCUCCGCCAGGAGUUCGCCGCCCGCCUGGCAGCCUCCGAGGAGGAGAGCCGGCAGCUCCGGGCCGAGCUGGCCGAGCUGCGGGCCCGCCAGCGGCUGGAGCUGGAGCAGCUCACGCAGGAGAAGCAGGCGGAGCUGGAGCACGUGCACGGGAGGGUGAAGGCGGCCCUGGCGAAGAAGGAGGAGGCCGUGCUUGGCCUCCGGAAACAGCACCAGGCGGCAGUGAAGCGGGCCGAGCACCUGGAAGAGCUGCUGGAGCAGCGCGGGUGGCCGCUGCCGAGCGCCAAGUGACCCGCAGCCCGGACGGGGGGACAGCGGCCGGGUGGAGGGCGCCUGGUGCCAGGUGGAGCCCGUCCCGGCCCCGCGGCGCCCUCCGUCCCUCCGCCCUGGGCUGGGCCAGCCCGACGUUAGAGCGCGACGGCCUUUGAACAGUAAAGAGAUGGUUUUGAUA